UCCGCAUAAAGUCGCCGGUCGGACUCUUUUCCUCUCAUUCUUUCUCGUCUCCGCCGCGCUCGCUAGUCGCCAUGCCGCCUCUUCUUGUGCCCUCUUCGGCGGAGGCGGAUCCGGAGGCAGAGGCCUCCAGCUAUUCCUUCGCCGCGGUCUACGAUGGCCCUCCUCUGCCCUACGCCCUGCCCCGCGCGCUCCCCGUCGAUGUCGAGCGCAUCCCCUUCGCCGCCCUAGCCCCCGUCACCGCUGGCCCCGUUUCGCUCCCCGUAGUCCUCCCGCUCCCCUCCCCGAAGAACCCCACGCCGCUCCUCUCCUCCUCCUCCCCCACCUCCGUCAUCGAGAACUACGCCGCCGUCGCGGCCGCCCCGGAUUCCGAUGCCCUAGGCUCCGACGGAUCCCUCGAAAUUCUCUCCUCCGAGACCGCCGACGUUUCCGGCACCGUCAGGUUCUCGGAGGAGUUCGGAGGAGCCCACGAUCGGCUCUCCACCGAGUCGCCCCUCAGCUCCCCCGCCUCCGCCUUCCGGUCGUGCGCCUCCGAGAUCGAGGAAGCCGACGAGUCCUCCGACACGCCGGCUUGGAGGGCGCCGAUUGUGACUUUCCAAGAGUCCGGCCAGUCCAAUUAUUCUACUACACCCGCAGUUGGGACCACUCCGGUCGCGAACUCGGAGGGUUUGAGGAUCAAGAAGGGGGCUUGCUACAGUUGCUCGAGAGGAAACCGUUUUACGGAGAAAGAGAGUUGCUUGGCUUGCGGUGCCAAGUACUGUGGCAGGUGCGUGUUGACAACCAUGGGCAUGGGUUCCAUGCCUGAGGGAAGGAAGUGCAUCUCUUGCAUUGGUUAUCCGAUACUGGAGUCGAACAGAGAGAGACUGGGGAAGAGCUCGCGUUUGCUGAAGAGGCUGCUGAGUGACCUGGAGAUUGAACUGCUGAUGGAGGCCGAGAAAAACUGCAAGUCAAAUCAGUUGAGACCGGAAGAUAUCCGUGUCAAUGGGAAGAGACUCAAUCUGGAGGAAAUGUUUCUGUUACAGAGCUGUCCGCGCCCUCCUCCUAAGCUUAACCCUGGAUACUACUGGUACGACAAGCUUUCUGGCUACUGGGGAAAGGAAGGACACAAGCCUAAUAGCAUCAUCACAGCACAUCUAAAUGUUGGGGGGCAUCUAGAGAAAAAUGCAAGUAAAGGAAAUACUGGAAUCCAAAUAAAUGGCCGGGAGAUUACAAACGCUGAGAUGAAGAUGCUUAAGUGGUCUGGUGUCCCCUGUGCUGGGAAUCCUAAUUAUUGGCUCUCUGCUGAUGGAACAUACAUGGAGGAAGGACAAAAAAAGGUCAAAGGGAAGAUUUGGGGAAAGCGCCGUAUGAAGCUACUUUGCCCUCUUCUUUCAUUGCCAUUUCCUAGUCAGAAUUCAAAAUGUUGUGAAGAGGCAAACAACUUCGUGAAAAGACCUCUUCCUGACAACCUUGAUAAGAAAGCAAUUCAAAAGCUUUUGUUGAUUGGGAGCGAUGGAUCAGGGGCGACUACUGUUUUCAAGCAGGCCAAAUUGUUUUAUGGGCUAUCAUUCUCGGAGAAUGAGUGUCAAGAUAUUAAAAUUAUGAUACAGACCACCAUAUACCGAGACCUUGCCUUGCUGCUUGAGUGCCGUGAAUGGUUUGAAGAAGAUAUUUUGACUGGGAGGAGAGGAAACCUGCAAUUUGAUUCUUCAGGAGGAGGUGUAUAUGGAGCAACCUCCAGGAGGAGUCAAGGAGAUGAAACAGACUUUUCAUUGGUUCCACGGUUGAAGUCAUUUGCUGAUUGGCUCCUGAAGGUUCUUACCUCUGGUAAUUUUGAAGCUAUUUUCCCAGCUUCUUCUCUAGAGUAUGCUACAUUAGUGGAAGAAUUGUGGAAAAAUUCUGCUAUUCAAGCUACAUACAAGCGUAGAAGUGAACUUCGACUCCUCCCUUCCAUUCGGAGUUAUUUCUUAGAAAGGGUCAUUGAUAUAACCAGAGACAAUUAUGAACCAUCUAAUGUGGACAUUAUAAAUGCGGAUGGAAUAAAUUCCUCCAAUGGAAUAGCAUCGACAGAGUUACAAUUACCUUCUACUGGAAGUAGUAUAGAUGAUCAUGAGCAGCGGCAAACAAUCUCAAGGUAUCAGCUCAUCCGAGGACCUUACAAAGGUGCUGGAGAGAGGAACUGCAAAUGGCUGGACAUGUUUGAAGAUACAAGGAUGGUGAUUUUCUGCAUUGCUCUGACCGACUACGAUGAAUAUUACAUAGAUACAAGUGGUGCAGUCAUCAAUAAGAUGAUAGAGAGCCGAAGGCUCUUUGAGAGCAUUGUUAGUAAUCCGACCUUUGAAGAGAAAGAUUUUCUGCUGAUACUUAGCAAAUUUGAUUUGUUUGACCAGAAGCUAGAGACCACUCCCUUAAGCUUAUGCGAAUGGUUCAACAACUUCCAUCCACUCGUAAGCAGUCACCCACCUAAGCGAAACAACACCAGUUGCGGGUCCAGAGAAGCCACAAAAGCCGAGCAAGCUUUUCACUACGUCGCAAGGGAAUUCAAGACAUUGUUUCAGUCAAUCACCGGGAGGAAACUCUAUGUUACACACGCUAACGGAUUGGAUUCUGAUUCUGUCAAUGCAGCACUUCAAUAUGCAAGAGAGAUAAUUUGCUGGACUGAGGAAUGGUCACUCGGUGGUGGCAAUGUUGAAUCAAUGUAUAGCACAGAACCAAGCUCCACUUCUCACUCCCUUCUCACAGAGAAGAAUGUGUAAGUAUGCAUCCCUCUCCUUUCCUUCUUUCUUCUUAGAUAAAAAAAUUUGCCUGAAUGUGUAUAUCCAUUUUUCUGAGUGCAAAUUUACGGUAUUUUAACCAUAAUCUGUACCACAUUAGUUCUUGCUGC